AUGGCUGCGGAACAACGAAAGCUGCUCGAGCAGCUCAUGGGCGCAUCCGUGACGUCGCAAGCCGCCAAAGUUUCCUUCUCCGACCCGAAGCUGUGUCGCUCCUACAUUGCCGGCACAUGUCCUCACAUUCUCUUCACCAACACGAAGCAGGACCUGGGACCCUGCCCGAAAAUCCACUCGGAAGCUCUAAAGACCGAGUACGACGCCAUGUCUGAACGCGAAAAGAGCAAGCUCGGUUUCGAAUAUGAUUAUAUCAGACACUUGUACCAGUAUAUCGACGAGUGCAACAGAGGCAUCGAGGCUGCCCAACGGCGCUUAAAAAAGACGCCAGAAGAGAUUCGACAGACCAAUGUCAUGUUGAAAGCGAUUUCCGAUCUCAACACGUCUAUUCACAACGGUCUUCUCGAGGUCGAGAUACUCGGCUCCAUGUCGGAGGUUUCGCGUGCGCAAGACGAGCUGUUCCGCGUGCGCCAGGCCAUGCAAGCAAAAGCAGAAAAGGAAAGGGAGCUCAAGGCCCUCGCGGAUACCUCGGGACCCUCGGGCCACCAGAAGCUGCAAGUCUGCGACGUGUGCGGCGCGUACCUCAGUCGCCUAGAUAACGACCGCCGCCUGGCGGAUCACUUUUACGGCAAGAUGCAUCUGGGCUUUGCGCAGAUGCGCAAGACAUAUGAUGCGUUCCCAAGGGAAAUGAAGACUAGGGCUAGGACGAUGCACGACGAUGAUGGUCCCGGCGGCGGUGGCGGCGGUCCAAGGGGACCGAGAGGGCACGGAGGAGGAUACAGAGGCAAAGGUGGUCGCGGCUAUCGCGGCGGAUGGUAG